CUCACACGUACCUCUGGUCUUGAGCUCUUGCUACCCUCCGUAGCAUCAAGGUGCGACCACCCUGCACGUAAUGGCUCCGAUUGCCAGCAUCCGCGCGCUCGCGCAGCGCGCCGCUUUCAACCUCCAUCUACCAUCCAGCGAGUUCAAAGACCAGCUCACAAAUCCCGGCGAUGUAUUUUCUGUGCUUCUCAUCCUCGGCGGCGACGUGGUGGGACGCGCGCUCGCGCAACUUGCAGGCACAGGGCUGACUCCCGUGACCUUCUCUUUCGGUUGGGUCGCAUACGCUGUAACCGCCGUUGUCUCCGCCGUCGGCGCAAACAAACUCAUGCCACCACCAGAUUGCGAUUGUAUUGUGAUCAAUGGGAAGUCGGCGUACAGCCGUAGUAACACUAGUUGGAUUUUAGGGCGUAUUGUGCGCGAUUACGAGAGCUGGACGCAUUCUGAUGUGCGAAAGGGAGUCGACCAGAUCAUCAAUGAGAGGUGGGAGCUGGAUAAGCAAAAUGCUGAGGCAAACGACAAGGGCUCGGGGGGUUUGCAAGAACGACCUACGCAAGCCGGGCUGUGUAUUGCCAUCUACCGCGCCAAACCUGCCGAACCGGGUCAGAUAUCCCGGGACGCUCUGUACUGGAGCUGUUUCGCCGUUGUCGUCUUCCAGCUUGGGGUCGCUGCCAUUCCAUUCGGGAUAUGGGGAGACUGGUCCAUUUUGCUUAUAACAUUCGCGGGCAUUGUGCUCGCCUUCCUCUCUGGAUCGCUACGACAAUGGCGGACGGAGAAAUGGUCGUGUCGCCGUCUUAAAAAACCCAAAGAUGUGAUCAUAACCCGUGGUAACGGUGCUCAGCACGCUAUCAUUGUUCGAGAUCCAGGACAUGGUUUAGACCUCGAGAGCCUUGCGGCGGGCCAGACGAGCGUCGACUUCACCGCUUCUCUGACUACACGCACCAUUAUCGUCUUGCUCGCUGUGCUUUGGGUUGUUCUGCUUAUUUGCGCCUCGGGAAUCAAGACAAACACCUGGUUUCUGCUCGCCGUGGGCGGUAUCGGGAUAGUGCAGAAUAUUGUGAUCGCGGGUUGGCGGCGUGAUCCAUCUGCAUACGGGUUACCAUUGAAGUUUGAGAAGGUUAUCUCGAAAUCGAAAGUCAUGCCUGCGCUGUUUGCGAUCGAGGAGGAAAUUCCAGGUAUUGGGAGUAGUAUGCUCGAAACCUUCUUUCCGGGAACACUGAGGAGAGACGAGCAAAUCAAGUGGGAUAAUUACAGAGAUACUGCUAGUGCCAGGAGCAACGCUGUUGCUAUUCCUUAGGCUAUGUUACAGUACUUCGUAAGCCUCGUCGAGAUUAGACCCUGGUCGAGACGGCAUAUCUCUCACCUGCUUCACGAGCCAAUGCGCGCUCGUUGAGAGUUAUCCGGUUGAAGUCAUCUAUGAUUGUCACGUAAAACUCCACACGAGAUGCGCUAGAAGAAACCGUACUAGCUGUGGCUCAUUGUCAAAAACCAUACUGUGGGCUGCAGACUAUAUCGGUGCUUGAAAGAAUGUGCAGACCCCCUCAACCAUGGAGCAGAGAUGCAUCUAUAGGUAGUAAAGGCCUCUGAUUGGCUAUAGGAGUCUGGUAAACCGUCCUGCAGGGCGACAACGUGGGAAUUGACCAAUAAGAGGAUGAUUUGCUGCUUGCUACCAUGGUACGUACCUAUAUCGUGUAAUCUGUUCCAUGGUUGUAGGGGUCUGCACAAAUUGCCAACAACUAUACUCAAGC